UAUUGUUACUUUCUCUCUACUAUUUGGGUGCGUGAGUGCGUAUGCGCACGCACGUUCUCGGGCGUUUUCUGGAAUCGUACCGCUCAGGUGAAAUGGAAGGCCAGCAUGUGCGGGAGGAAGAAAACAGGAGUAGUCAGCAAUGGACCAACGCAGUUAUGUCCGGCAGCACGGCACAUUUCCACAACAUGCAGCAAAAUGGUGGGUUAUUCUUGGCGAUCCCAGCGAUGCGGAGCGAGCGUGACCGCCUGACGACCUUCCAGAGUUGGCCCAGUAACAUUCUCGUAUCAAGUGCAAAGUUGGCCGAGGCUGGCUUUUUUUUCUUGGGCUCGGAGGAUAAAGUGCAGUGCUUCUGCUGUGGUGUGAUCCUAAGGCAAUGGGAGCGGGAUGACGACCCCAUGACCGAACACAGAAAGCACUUUCCCGCCUGUAAUUUCAUAAUGGGUGUAGAGGUGGGCAACAUCCCGAAGGCGGUUACGCAGACUUCGUCCGAUGCCGUUGACGGCCAGAUCCUCAGCCAAAUUCAAAGACUAGCAGUGGAGGAGCAGGUGCUGGGCGGCCAGCCGGCGUAUCCGGAGAUGGAGGAAGAAAGCUCUCGAAUGUCCAGUUACCACAACUGGCCUCCUAGUGCGUCUGUGCAUCCACAACUUCUUGCCAGGGCCGGCUUCUUCUACACAGGCCACAGCGACAAUGUGAAAUGCUUCUAUUGUGAUGGAGGGCUUCGCAACUGGGAAGCAGGAGAUGAUCCCUGGAGGGAGCAUGCAAAGUGGUUUCCACGUUGUGAAUUUCUUCUGCACGUAAGAGGAAGGGAUUACGUCAGCAACAUCCAGGACUCUUAUUUUAAUGCCACUGAAUCAUCCUUAAGCAAUAACAGCAGCUCAGAAGCAAUAGCCACGGGGGAAAUCACUUCAGGACAAGAUGUGGUUGGUAAUCUGGAUGUGCCCCUCCUGCUUCAGUCUCCAGUGGUCCAGGCAGUGUUGCAGAUGGGGUUUGAUUACAGUGUGGUGGAGAGUUUAGUUAAAUCCAAGUACCUUCUCACUGGCCUUCAGUACAACACAGUCUCUGACCUGGUGUCUGCUACUCUAGAAGCGGAAGAUGAAGAGAGGCAAAGAUCAGACCAGUCUAGAGUCUUCUUUACAGAGCCUCCUGAAAGCCUAAGUCAAGGGGCAGGUGGCAGUGAACAGAGACAAAUGGAUUACCCAAAGGAAAGCGGGCUGAGUCCAGAAGAGCAGUUACGACAGCUGCAGGAAGAGAGGACCUGCAAAGUCUGCAUGGACAAGGUGGUGUCUGUCGUCUUUGUUCCAUGUGGCCAUCUGGUGGUCUGCACAGAUUGUGCCACCAGUCUUCAUAACUGCCCCAUUUGUCGGGCUGUUAUCCGAGGAAGUGUGCGGACCUUUAUGUCUUGACCAGGAGUUGCAAGGACAAACUGCUGAACCAACCAGAGCCAUUUGAACACUUUGAUGUUAAGCACACGUUGUGCGUUUAGACACAUUUGAUUACUUCACGUUCUAGAGACAAAUAUACGGCUACAGAUACACAGCGACAGCAAACUGACACAAGCAUUUGUACAUUUUCAUAACAUCCACUAUCUAGAGUUGAAUAGAGUGGAUAGAAGAUAUUUGGUUUUCUCUGUUAACUUGCCACUGAUGCCUUAGGCGACUAGUUUUGGUUUUGGCACUUUGUAUCCCACGAUAGAGACGACUGUAGGCAGUGCUGACAAAUAUAAAGCUUGACAUCAAGGCAGCUGUGAGUCUCCUUCAGGCUAAGUGAGCCGAAACAAGAAGACGGCACAGUGAUUCUGAAGAAUUGGGGUGGAAAUACCACUUUUGUGUUUUUUAUUUACAGUAAGUUUUCAUUUAGUUUUUCAUUUAAUUUAUUCAUUUUUUGAUGCAGCUCAAAUCUUUUAUUUUUUUUUUAAAGACACACAUAUAUAUAUAUAUACACUACCAUUAUAGUGCACUGUAAUUCAAAGCUCCUGCUAAUGUUUUGUACUACCACAACCAAUUUCACUGUUGUCAAGAAGAAAACACAUUGCAGCAUGGUGUGGUGUAUUUGCAACGUGUGAGAAAGGCUGAAAAUGUGCAAAAGUAAUCGACUUGGAAGUCCCCUUAAACAGCUGGCUGUAACGUCUCUUAACUUCAGUGUUUCAUAUUUUGUUAAUAAAGUCAACUU